AUGUCCUAUGCUCUGGCUUCAAAAAAGCGCAAGUUUCACCGGGUUCUUGAAUCUCUUUCUAGUAAUAACACUGCUCCAAAAGCACCACAUGCAGCUUCAAAAAACACCGCUACAACCCCAAAAUCCGUCCAUCCAACUAUAAAACGGGUUCGAUUAACGCCGAAUUCAGAGCCUGAUGACACAGCAGUACACGCUUCCCAAUCUCCUCUAGCCGGCCGGUCUUCUACGUCCUCCGCGCGUCCAAGUUUUGUCCCCUGGGAUCGCGAUCGAUUUCUGGAAAGGCUGGAAACAUUUCGUCGGGUCGACAGAUGGUCUCCAAAACCAGAUGAUAUCAACGAGGUACAAUGGGCAAAACGAGGCUGGUCCUGCGUGGAUGUAAUGAGGGUGGAAUGUGUUGGAGGAUGUGGCCAUUCCGUCGUGGUCAAAUUACCAGAUGAAAUCGACGAAUUGGAAGAAUAUGACACUGAGAAGAUGGAAGAGCGAAAGCAAGUUCAUACCAUCCAGCGACUAGAUUUGGCGAAACCGGACCACGCGUUAAAGGGACUUAAGGACCGCUAUGUCAAACUUUGCUCCUUGGCUCAGAAGUUACCUGCUCGAGAGCGCAUCGUACUUCCUGAAAACAUGAAUUUGGACGAAUUGAUAAAGAUGAUUCCAUUGGAAGAUCUAUCUGCAAGCCAGUUACAAACAGGAAGCACACAUGCGGGAAAAGAGUCCCUCCAAAACGUCGAAGGUGAAACAGGUCGUCAGGCAGGCCAGGCCACACAAACGCCUAUAAACCAGCCAGCACUUUCUCUCGCCCUUUUUGGCUGGGAUCUCUGCGGAGACAUGCACGCCGGACUCGCAAGUUGCAAUGCCUGUUUCAGAAGGCUUGGUCUCUGGAUGUAUAAUCCUAAAGAAGACGGGUCGUCUUCUAUUUACCCUAACCUCGACGUGGUAAACGAACACCUUGACUAUUGCCCGUGGAUCAAUGCAGCAACGCAGAGUGGAACGCAGAAAAAGCCCGGUCAAGCUGCAGGCUGGGAAAUACUGGAGCGGGUGAUACGAAACCUGUACCGUCGAAAAACAUGGUCCGCAGAGCCAACAGCUUCUGUGUUGGAUGAUCAGGAUGAGAACCAGGAUUCUAAGGAGGUUGAUGCCGAGGCACGAAAGGCUAAGGAUCGAGAGUGGUGGGCUAGGCUUCGACGAGUAAGGCAAGCUUUGCAGGUCAAGGGGCCCAAGAAGAACAAAGGUCCUCCGUAA